GGAGCCCCCAGGUCUUGUUUGCCAUCAGGUUCCGUUAAACCCUCUCCUGACUGUGCCCCCAGCUCCAGCCGGUGCCAUGGAGGCCUCUGGAGGGGAUGGAAGAGGCGAAGACGUUGCCCUGCGGCCCCAGCCCAGCCACGAGGGCGACAGUGACCCCUCGGAUGGGGAUGAAGACCAAGGACAAGCCAAGGUGGCAUCCGAGAGCCUGAGCGCAGUUCCCAAGGGAUGUGAGGCUGUGGGUUCAACCAUGCAGCAGGAGACACGGGACCACAUGCCCAGCUGUGCCAACCGGGAGGGCCUCUGCAGUGAGCCAGAGCCGUCGCCAGCAGAUGCGUUGGUGGGAGAUGGAGAGGACAACAGCAAAUGGCAUCUGGCCACUGGUUCCUCCAGUGGACACAAGGCAAAUGCCCCAGGUCACACGAAGCAAGUGGGGAGGACAAACCAGGAGAAUCUGAACCGCACAGUUGCAGAUGACUCGGGACCUUCCAACAGGGUGGGAGGUGACGAUGGGCUGGACAAACAAGCACUGGGGACGUUGCUGAGUGGACACACAUCUGCUGGGAACAAGAGCCAAGGGGAGUGGAUCUGCCAGCCCAGCUCCUACCUAUUUGGUGCCCGUCACCCACUGCAGGAUGCAAUGAGCCUGGAGUUUGUGGCAGUGCUGUCACAACCUUGUAACCUCAACAAGAAGGACAAGAUCUGCAUCGUCUUCUACAAAGGGCAAGGCCACUGUGAAGAGUUUGCCAACAUGGAGAGAAGUUCCACGAACCAGCAAGUAAUAUCAGGCAGCGCCAGGAUCCCUGUUUCCUGCCUCCAACAAGGUGCCAUCUUCUACAAAUACGCCCUGGUUGACACCUACAGCCAGAAGAGGGCCUGUAACUUGGAGCACAUUCCCUUGGAGAACUUCAGCAUCCCCAAGACCUUUCAAAGCAGAAAUGUUCCCUUAUUUCGGGUCCUGAAAAUCCCCAAAGAGGAGAUCCGAGUGGGUGGAACAUGGACCAUCUUUGAACAGCUCCACUGCCAUUUUCCCAGAACAAGCACUUUGAGCUCUUUGGUCUCAAAGGGGCCCAGCCACCAGAUGGAGGUGAAAUACCUGGAGAACUGCUUCUUUGCACACACCACUUCCUGGAAAUCCCUUGAGGCCAUGGAGAGAAAACUGGACAGGUACAAGGAGAGCAGCAGUGUCUGUCUUGGGGACCCAGAGGAAAGAAAACACUUUGAGGUCACCUGCCAGUCUGCAGAUGUGAUCAGAGACAGUGUUGGAACCUUCAUACAAACUGUCAUUGAGAAGCUGGACACCUCAGAGCACAAACUUCCUCAGCUCCUCUUUGUGCUCUAUGCCUCCUUCAAGUACGGCAUCAGCCUUCCCUCAGCCUCCAUCGCCAAGGCUGAGAAGCUCUUUGAGGACAUUGGGUUCUUGCAAGAAGAAGAACUGAGAGGCAAAAGCAAAUACUUCCCAGCUCUGAAGGAACUUUGUCUCAAGACCACUGAUGGCACCUUGUGGAUCUGGCUGGUCCCUCUGCUCUUUGCAAUCAAGAAGACGGAAGAUGCCUUUGCCCAAAUUGUUCUUCCUUUAGAAGCCUUCAAAAAGCUGAGGAAGGACAAAGAGAAGCAAAGGAAAGUCCUGAAGAUGGUGGGUGCUCACAGGACCUUGAUUACAAGCUGUCCUCUGCUGGCAAAGAAGGUUUUUGAGAUGCUGGCCCUGAAGAACUUUGUGGAGGCCCCUUUGGCUGACACGUGGCAAGUUGCCUUGGAGUCCUUGUUCCGGCGCAUCAUAGACGAGAGGACGGAUCUGCCUGAAGGGGAUUUGAACAUGGCCUUGAAAAGCAUUGCCACCUGGAUGGAAACCUGGGUCAAGGACUUGUGUUUCUCAGGGUCUUCAAAAGCAGCGCUGAAGGCCAUCCCCAAGGAUGAGGUCAUGCAGUGCCUGAACCUGGGGUACCUCCUGCUGAAGUACUUCUUGCAGAAGCAGAUGUGCUCAGUGUCCUUCAGCAAUGUGCUGGCAGUGCUGCAGAUCCUUGGGACAUCUGUGGACAUCACAGAGUUACUGGAAGUGCACAAGGAAUUCCAGCUGCUCACCUCAGAGGAAAGGUUUGAAGAGUUUUCUGGUUUUACCAAGCCGUGGCUCCAGACGUGCUUCCAGAAGGCACCUGUGAAGCAGGCAUCCUUCCAGAAGAGCUUUGAUGCAUGGCAGCAGCUGCUCUCAGUGAAGAUCCUCUGCCCAAGGUGGACCAAGUUGUGGCGGGGCUUGCUCCAGGAUAUGUUUAAGAACUGGCUGGAGAAGGUUGAGGACAAACACCUCAUAGACUUCUUCCAGCAUUUCCUGAAGAUGGAUAAAAGCUAUGACAUAGAUCUGGAGAGCUGCUUUACCAACCACAUCAUCCAGUGUAUCAGAGGCAUUGGCAAGAGCAAGGAACCCAUGCUCAAAUCCUUGCUCUCUGUGAUCCUCAAGACAAGGAAACCGUCUGCUGCGAGGCUGCUGUCCGUUAUGGUGGAGAGGAUGUUCUCAGUGAUGGAGACGCUGAGAAGUGUCACCAUGUUUGAUGAGAACACUGGCCCUGUGCUGGCCAACCUGCUCAACAAGCCUGAAGUCUGUGACCUCCUUUCUGUUGUCCAAGGAGAGGGCAGGUGCCAUUUUCAGCUCAGCAAUGAUGCUAAUGUCCUCCUUGACCGGGUGUCUGCGCUCUUCUGCUUUGUGGGACGCUGCGUUCUCUUGGGAGACCUUCCCUGCAGCAUCCUGGAGAGCAUCUUAAAGCAUCGGGAGCAGUUCAUGAAAAUGCUGUGCACCUGUGAUUCCUCUUUCACCAAGUGUCUACCAAAUGUGCUGGAGGUCAGGAAGCGGGAGUUUGAGCAACUGGAAGAGCAGAAGAAGCAACGACAUUCCUUUCUGUGCCUGUGCCGUGCCAUAGAGGACGUGAUCAAAGUGGAUACAAGCAUCAUGGAGAAAAGCAUUAUGGACAACAACAGCUUUAAGGAUCAGACCUCGGUGAGGAAGUUCCUCAUCGAUGGCACGAGUGAAUUGGAAUCGCACGUCCUCGAUGAAUAUCAGGACAUGAUGCAAAAACUGGAUGUGGUGAAGAGAAGCCAAUGUUUCCAGAGGCUGUUGAAGAGAAGUGUGCAGCAAAUCAAAGCCACGGCCUCUGAAGACCAAGUUUUGUCCAUAGCAGAUGUGGAAGAAAAGAUCUACAAGCCAGCCAUGGCUGCCUUUGGGGAAACCUACCAGUCCCUCAAAAACUUCUCCAUCACCCUGGGGACGGUGAAAAGCCAGUUCAAGACAAUGCUGGGACAGCAGGAUCAGCUCCGGAAGGAGUUUGAAAUCAUGGAGGAGAGCGAAGGGACGAGGCCUGGAAAAGCUGCUUGGAUCCCCAGGGCAGUGGAGAGAAUUGAAAACUACCUGACUCUAUCCGAAGUAGUGACCACGGCCAAGGUGAUCGAGGACCUGAGACAGAUGUUGCAGCUCAAGGGAGAUUUCCAGGUUCUCAGCGACCUGGCGAAAUACGAUAAGGAGGAAUUCAAGAAGAAGCGACUUGAUUUUAUGACCCAAGACUUGAUGAAGGUGAAAAAACAAUUGAGUGACAUUCCCCAGGGAGUUUUGGACUUUGUGAAGGAACUUCUGGAAUGUUCAAGGAGAGGUUUCACUGCCUGGAUCAAGACCAUAAUAAAAGACAAGACAGAAAUCCCUGUCUUUGUGGAACUGGCCUCAAUUUCUGCGGGUGAAAACGACAUAGAUAUUGACCGAGUGGGCUUCUUCCGGGAUGCAAUGGCUGCUUCUGCCCCCAUCAUCUUAGACCUGAGUCCCACAGCUGGCUUUGACCAGUUCUCAGAAGCUCUGUCUUUCAUCAAAGAUGCCGUCGCUAAAGACAGGAAGCUUCCCAAGAAGCUGAGAGAUUCCUUUGACGAGAAGUGGUUAAAGGUGGUUCACGAAUCUCAUGGCUCUGUGGAGCAGUCUUCAAUCUCUCAAGCCAGAAGCAUCAACAGAAAUGGGAAGUUUACCAUCUCAGCACCUGCAAAAUGCAAGGCUACGCUUGAGAACUGUGUCUCGUUGCGACUGCUGCCUGACUGUGAGGGUAGCACAUCUCCAGCAACCCCCAAGGACAAGCAGUACAGCUUUCCUGAGCUCAGGGAGCUCCAGAACAAGCUUAUGUUGAUCACCACCAAAGUUGAGCAGGGCAGAGAGGAGACAAACCGCUUCUUGGAGGUACUGGAAAAAGUUGAAACGAUUGCAAAGUUGUACCUGGAGCUUCUCAGUGUUGGCAACAUCCUCUUCAUCGACUGGAAGGCUGAUAUCUACUGCCGCCCCCAGCAACAUGUGAAAGUCUACACGGAGUUUGGCAUUGCUGGGAUCCUCGUUCAGAGCACGAGGCCCCUCCUGGAGGAGCUGGGCAGCCUCUCGAAAGCCAUGGAGCAUUGCUUGGCCAAGUGGAAGAAGUACCUGGAGACUCAAAGGGACACCUACUAUCAUCUCAACCUCUUCACUGCCCACCAGCUCUUCUAUUUGUGCAGCCAGCUGGCCAGAGUCCAGAAAGGCACCACAGAACCACAGGUUCUCAUCAUGCUUUCCGUCAUCAAGCAUGACAUCCGAGCAGAAGAUAUCCAAAGAGCCCUGCGGGAUGCGUUGAUGACUCCCCUGGAGUCCAUCCCUACGUUGGUGGGAUGCGAGGAAUCAGUUAGUUGGCAGGACUACAUCAUCCGCUUCCCCCAGCUCAUCCGGAGCUUGGCUGAGUCGGGCUACAAUGAGGCAGUGGCAAAGGCAGCCUUGCAGAGCUGCUUGGAAACCUUCCCCCAUGCACCCAUCACGGAGCAGAUGCUGAUGGAUUUUGCCUUUGAGCAAGGUGAAGACAAGGACUUGGUUGAGCAGCUCAGCAAGUCCUAUGAGGAGACAAGAGAGACCUUCCUGCAGAAGAGCCGUAAGUUUAAGACUAAGCCCAGUGAUGUCAACCGGGUCUCCUUCAGCUCUCUGGCACAGCAUGAGUUGUCUGCCUCCUUUGAGAGCUUGCCAUCUCUUUACGACAAGGUGAACCUCAUCUGGGAUGCCUACUGCAAGAAACUCCCUGGCCUGGUUUCCGAUAAAUACAUAGGUUUGGAUGUUUUUGGGGAGACACUGAAGCGUUUGGCUGCUCUGGAGAGCACACGCAUUGAGAGAAGUCUACCUGUAGGCUUUGAAGUGGGGAAACCAAUUCUCAUCACGUGCAAGGAGGAGGACAUGUUGCCCAACAUGUUAUUCCUCUACCGACACACUGAGAUGGCGCCUCUCCCAUCAUAUGAUGAGGUCCUGGUGUGCACGCCCAACACGCAUGAGGAGGAGGUGGAGCUACUUGUCAGAAGAGCUCUUGCUCCAGGGUCUCAAGACCAGAAGAUCUACUGCUUGCUGGGUGCUGAUAAAUUGGUCUAUAAAGUUUCUAAACAGCUCGAGUUCCACUUCUUCCGCCUGGUGCAAUCUUCCAGCAUCCCCAGCUACAGGUUCAUCAUCUUCUGCAAUGCCAAAGCUCCCAGCUCCUACGUUAUCACAGCCUUCGAUGCCUACAAGAUGACUUUCCCAUGCUACUCCAACGCAGAAAUCCAGACCUACCUGAAGAUGCACCUCAAAGUGCCAAGUGGGACAUCCCCUGUCACUCAAGCCUUUGAAGAGCCCCAUCAGCAGAACAUGAAGCUAGUCUUCUCAAAGCAAGCAGGGAUGGGGAAGUCUCUCUUUGUGACCAAUACCAUUGGGAAGGUCCGUGCUCAGCUGGGUGGCAUGCUACCACUUCAGAAAACCAUCAGGCUGAUGGAGUCGGACAUCGAUUUCCAGUUCUUUGUGGAGGAACUCUUCUCUGUCGAGGAGUCUGCAACUGGAAAUCAGCCCAGCAUCUUCCACAUUGAUGUGUCUCCAGUGGUAUCAAAGGGUCUCUACCGGCUGCUGAUUGAGCUGUGCAUCCUGCGGCACAUCCAGAGGCCUGACGGCUUUGUCUGGAAGUGCAAAGCUUCUCAUCUUUACUUGAUUGAGUAUUUGGCAAGAGGGAAAAGUGUCAGCAGUACAAGGAAGAAAGAGAUGUCCAUUGAAACGGAAAAAAGAAUCCUGGAUCUUUUUCCUACCGUGGAGUGCAUAUCACCACUGCAGGUGCUCAAUCUGCUGGAACAUCCCAGCCCCGUCCCUCCUGCAGAACCCAGGGAGGAACAGUUUGACCGGGACAAGCUAAACAGUGAAGUUUUCCAGAGGUCCUACCAAUACCUCAUCAGAUACAAACAGAAGGAAAACCUUGACUAUUUCACUUUUGUCCCUAGCAAAGUGUCAGGGGCAGAGAAAGAAUGCCUGCAGUGCUUGAUGGAGUUCUGUGGGAGAAGCAACCCCUCCUGGACCGAGCUCAGCAACUUUACCCACUUCUUGAACUUCCAGCUACAAAAGUGUGAGAAAUCGAUUUUCUGCAGCCCGGUGGUUGGAGCAGACUUCUCUGGCUUCAAAACAUUCGUCAUCAAGUUCAUGAUCACCAUGUCCAAGGACUUUGCCAUGCCAUCCCUCAACGUGUCUGAUGAAAGUGUGCCCAGAGAGGAGGGGAAGGAGAUGGAUGAUGUUCUGAGGGACCACCAGCUAAGACGCCGGUGGGAACAGGAGUCUCACCCUUAUGUAGUCUUCCAUGCUGAGGGUGACUCCAUGGAGUUUUUGGGGUUCCAUAUCAACAAGAAUCUUGAUGCUAUUGAUGCUUACUCCAAGGCCGUUUUGGAAACAGCAGUUCUGAGCAAGAACUUAUACAUCACCUUGAAGCUCCAGAACGUUCCUUUCAAUAAGGAAUUCGAAAAGUUAUCCAGGCCCGAGCAAUUGGAAGCCCUCUGCAGGGUCUUUGGGGUGAAAUGCCAGGAAGAUCCAGAUCCUUCAUACCAGCUGACCCUGGACAACACCAUGAAGAUGUUGGCUAUCCACCUGCGGUUCCAGUGUGGCAUCCCUGUGAUCAUCAUGGGUGAAACAGGCUGUGGGAAGACAAAGCUGGUGCAGUUCAUGAGCAACCUGCAAAGGGCAGGCAGGAAACUCCAGAACAUGGUGGUGGUACGUGUUCAUGGUAGCACCACCUCCAAGGCUAUCUGGGAGAAGGUGAGGAUGGCCGUGGAGCUGGCCCGCUUCAAUGAGGAAGAGCACAACGUGGACACGGUGCUGUUCUUUGAUGAAGCAAACACCUCAGAGGCAAUCUUUGCCAUCAAAGAGGUGCUCUGUGACCGCAGUGUCAACGGCAAGAGGAUUCCCACUGACCGCUUAAAAGUGGUGGCUGCUUGCAACCCUUACAGGAGGCACACCAAGGCCACCAUUGAGAAACUGGAGAAAGCUGGCUUGGGAUACCGAGUGCGGAGUGAAGACACUCCAGAGAAGCUGGGUUACAUCCCCCUGCGGCAGUUGGUGUACCGGGUGCAGCCCCUUCCUCCCAGUUUAUUGCCUCUGGUCUGGGACUUUGGGGAGCUGAACGAGAAGACACAAAGCCUGUACAUCAGGGAGAUUGUGAAGUCCACAGUGGAGACCAAGAUCCCCGCUGGGAACCUGGAUGUCUUCACCAAUGUCAUCUCAGCCUCCCAGAAGUUCCUGAGGGGGAGGAAGGAUGAGUGCCGGGUGGCCAGCCUCCGGGACAUAGAGCGCUGCAUGCAAGUCCUGCUCUGGUUUUAUGACUUAAGAGAGCUGCUCUUCCACGAGGUUGAUAAGAAGAGGCAGCUGCACGAAGAGGAAGAGGAGCCAACCUUCAAUGAUGCACAAAGGGCUUUGGUCCUUUCAGUGGGGGUCUGCUAUUAUGUGUCUCUGGAGAAUCGCCAAGAAUACCUGGAGGAGAUUGCCAAAUGCUUCUUUGUCCCUGCAUCCCGGCUACAGCAAGAGAUUGAGCUAUGCCAAGAGGUGUUCCUGGAUAACAUCACCAUUCCCAAGGCUACAGCCUGCAACAAUGCUCUGAGGGAGAACAUCUUCAUGAUGAUUGUCUGCAUGGACCUCCGGGUGCCACUCUUUCUGGUUGGGAAGCCGGGAAGCUCCAAAUCUCUCUCCAAAACCAUCGCUGUAGAUGCCAUGAAAGGCCCGUGGUCUAGCAAACCGUUGUUCAAAGCAUGCAAAGAGGUCCAGCUGAUCUCCUUCCAGUGCAGCCCUCAUUCAAAACCAGAAGGCAUCAUCUCCACGUUCCAACAAUGUGCUCAGUUCCAGAAGGGUAAGAAUCUGAAUGAGUUUGCUUCUGUGGUCCUGCUGAAUGAAAUUGGCCUUGCAGAAGACUCACCUGACAUGCCCUUGAAGGCACUGCAUCCUCUUCUAGAAGAUGGAUGUGUUGACGAUGAGGAUCUGGAGGCUUACAAGAAAGUUGGCUUUAUGGGGAUCUCCAACUGGGCCUUGGACCCUGCCAAAAUGAACAGGGGCCUCCUUGUCUUUCGGACUGAACCUAACGAGGAGGAGCUGGUGAAGACUGCCAAAGGCAUCUGCGCUGACCAGCCCCAUGGGGACAGGAUUGAGCAUUUGUUCCCCAUCUUGGCAAAAUUCUACCUCAAAGUGCUGCAAACGCAGCCAACAGAAUUCUUUGGGCUUCGGGACUUCUACAGCUUAAUCAAAACGGUCAUGUCCUACACACAGGACAUGAAGUGCAGUUCUCAGGAGGAGCUCCUCAUAAGGGCCAUUCAGAGAAACUUUGGAGGUUCCAGAGAUAUCUAUCCACUGGGAAUCUUCUGUAACUGCACCAGCGAGUUCCGGCUCUCCAGUGAGAAGAAAACCAGCUGCAUCCGUCUGUUGGAGGAGAAUAUGGCUCCGCAGCAAAAGGGAGCCAUAUCCCGGUACCUCCUGCUGCUGACGACCAACAACGCUGCCUUCCAGAUCCUCCAGAUGAUGCGGCUCAUCGAUACCAGCAACUGCGACGUCAUCUUCGGCUCCGGUUUCCCCCAGGACCAGGAUUACUCCCAGGUGUGCCGCUCUGUGAACAGGGUGAAAACGUGCAUGGAGAUCGGCAGGCCUGUGAUCCUCCUCAACAUCCAGAACCUUUACGAGAGCCUUUAUGACACCCUCAACCAAUGCUUUGUCAGCCUGGGGGAUAAUUUCUACGUUGACCUGGGCCUUGGUACCCAUGCUGUGAAGAGCCGCGUGAAGGAGGAAUUCCGGCUGGUUGUUAUAGAGGAGCAGGAAGUGGUCUACAGGCAGUUCCCCACUCCUCUGCUGAGCCGUCUGGAGAAGCAUUGCUUGAACAUGAACACCAUCCUCAACCUGCAACAGCAAGACUUGAGGCAGGAUCUGAACCAAUGGGUCACAUGGUUUGUCAGCAUCCAGAAGCCCGAUUUGUUCAGCGGAUGGUCCCACACUCUCGCUCCCGAGGAUGUCUUCAUCGGCUUCAGUGGUGACACGGCUGCUGCCAUCGUGCUGGAGAGCUCCCAGCACAUCCACUGCGGAGCCUAUGAGCGCUACGGAGAGCCAGUCCUCUCUGCUGCCAGAAGCAGACUGGUGGAGUGUGCCACCCCUGACUCCAUCCUGCGCCUCAAGAGCUCCAUUCUGAAGAAUGCUGAGCAGAUCCAGGACCUGUAUUUCAUCGAGCAGAAGCACAACGGCCUGGCCAGUCUCUUAGGGGAGUUGAUGAGCCAGCAGGAGAAAGGGAGCACCACCGGGCUGUGCCUGCAGGUUUCUACCCACGCCAGGCUGCUCAACCAGAAGGAUGUAGAAAUGCUGAGGAAGAUGCUUGACCUCCCCAACACAACUCGCUGCCUUUUCCUAAGCCAGUUUGACACCGAACAUGCUUUCCGUCAGGACCUCAGGAAUUUCUUCCAUGAGCCCCAAGAAGCCAGUUUACUCCUUGUCCAGUUUCAUUUUGAUGAGCCGCAGAGCAGCAAAAGACUCCUGGCCUGUGCCAAGUACUGCAUCACUGACGAGCGACAGAGGUCGGCCAGCCCCUAUCUGCUGCACGUGGUGCUGAUCACUAAAGUCCCGCGGGUCCUGGGCGGGUGCCGCUACCUGGCUUUCGACAGUGGUGACUGGAAGUCCAUCCACUUGGAUGAGCUAAUGCCCCCAGAGAACUUUAAGGCCAAUCUUGGCCAGCUCUCCAAAAUGACCAUUGCUGAGAUUUUCACAAGCAGCUCCCUGCAGCAUCUCCCAACAGGUUCUUCAGAGGAUUCUGCUGCCCUGGGAAUCCUCACUGAGUCAGGUCUUCACCCAGAAGAAAAUCCACAGUUUCUCAAUGUGGAUGCAAUGAUCAAAGGGAGCAUCCAGAAGGCCGUGGUCCAGCUGGAGGACAAGAGGGACAACAGCCAGCGUCCAAGAGAGAGAGUCAAGAUCCUUCACAACCUGCUUUUCCACCCUCAGAGUAGAGUUUCCAGCCACUUUAUGACCAUCCUGAGGAAGAGAGUUUGUUACCUCCUCCACGAGCGUGAGAAAUCCAUGCAAGAUCCAAAGGAAUGGGUUUUCCACAGGGCAUUCUCCACUGAAUUCAUCCUGGAAGACACGUCCUUCAGGCAAGCCCUCUGGACGCACCUGGAGGGCAUCGUGGCCAACAUCUUUGCCCAGAUUCUCGCUGUGGUGGACGCCAACAACAACCUGGAUCUCCUCUUGCGAGGCUCUUCGCUGCCAGAACUGUGGCUCCAGAUGUUCCAAGAAGAAACAUUCCUAAAGAUUAAGUACACCAACAAGGCAGCAGAUGCCAAGUUUUCUGUGUUAUCUAUGACCGAAGACCCAAACAUCUCCCUCUUCUGCCAAUUCCCAUUCAGCUGGGUUUUGAAAGCCUACCUAGACAAUGUCUGGGAGAAGGUCUAUCAUAUGAAAGAUCAGCCCCAGAAGCCAACGGAGGAAGUGGCCAGGUUCUACCAAACCUUCAUCAAGAACAUCUUGACGCCAGAUAGCAGCAAUCCAGACAUGCUACGCUGUUACGCCAAUGACUUCCUCAGGAUGGCUUUUCCUGGACAAGAUUUCUCUGUCUAUGAGGUUCUCUCCAAGGUCUUCCUGGCCACCGCAGGCCAGCUCUGCUCCUCCUUGGGCCUGGGGGAGAUGGACUUUUCCCCAGUUUGGCUUCACAUGGACUAUUUCUACCUCCGGGAUGAUUAUCAGCUAUUUGUGGACAUAGCAAAAAGCAAUGACACUGUCAUAAGUGAGCUGCAGGCAAUGUAUGAGAAGAACCCCCCAGAAAUGUUUGUCACUCUGGAUGCCUUGAACAUCCUCCUGGAGAAUGUGCAGCCCUGUGAAAACAGGCUUUUGCCCUUCGAUGCCUCAGUAGCAUGGCUCAAAAGUGUCAAGUCCAUUAAGCCCUGGAUGGAAUGGAUCAGUGAGGACAACUACCAGCUUCAUUUCUACCAGAAGAAGCAGCAGCUCCUGGAGAAUGUGCUACAUCGCUGGCACUGCACCAACAUUGUCUACAUGUUGAUUGACCACCUGCUGCACAAUGAGACACAAAUGGAGGAGAAACUCCUGCGGCUUGUGGUGAAGCAGUUCAUCUUCCUCUGGAAUCGCCUCUAUACAAAGCUUCUGCCGGGCUCUGAACCAGAGAAGACUUUUGAUUUGGUGGUGAAAGUGCUGAAGAAAUGCAAUGAGAAUGCUGACAUGGUGUAUCUGGUGAAGGGCGUGAAGGAAUGCAAGAGUUGCCUACGGGAGAUCACUGACCCAGCGGAGCUGCCCUGCGGUCACAUCUUCUGUACUCGCUGCAUCCUGGACUGGGACAACAAACAGUGUAAGAUCUGCAAGGAGGAAUUCCCAGAGGAUUACACGCCCACUGCUUCCGAGGCCACGAGGGAAGCUGUUGCCUGUCACAACAAGUUCAGGAGGAAGUGCAAUUCAUUCUUUGUGGAGUUCAUCAGCACCUACUUCCUGGGAGACAGGCAGACGCCGUCUGCCCAGAUCAUUCAGCGACUGCUACAGUUUGUGGCUUCCAAACCUAACCCUGAACAUCAGGCAUGGAGAAGGGCCUACAAGCCAAGAAGUGAGUUGUCACCCUUUGAGGAGUGCAUGGACACCAGUCCCACCAUCCAGUCUUCCCUCCUGAAGCUGCUGCUGCGAUGCGGGUUCAACAAUGUCAAGGUUUACUUGGAAGAAUACUUGUCCCAGAUGGAAGAAAAGAUAAUGUCCCACCAAAGUAAUAUUGACCAUUUCUACUUCAUGGUGGUGCACUGUCUGGAGCAGGAUUUUAUGUAUUCUUCUUCUGAAGAAGACAUCAACCAGCUGGCUGAGCACUGCCUCUCCACCGCAGACAUAGCGGCCUUCUGCAAGCCCCAAGUCUCAAAGAUCAACACCCUGGAGUUCAUUGCCCAGCUCCGGCUCUCCAUCAGCCACGUGGCCACUGUGCUUGGCAGAUGGAUGCUUCCAGAUCCUGAUGCACCCACUACAGAAAGGACUGAGAAAGAGCAAGACCUGGUGAAGGCAAUGAAGAAGCUGGUUGCAAAGGCUCCAACUCCAUGGCCUCAGGUGUUCCUCAUCAGAAAUCUCUGUGACCUCUAUGGGUUCACCUCUAUGUGGAAGAUUCUCCAGGUGGAGAAGUGGAUUCUACCCCAAGGAGUAGAAGUUUCACAGUGUAGAAGAGCCUGGUCCAAUACAACAUUGAUGUUUUGUGUGCUGGACAAAGCACAAAAACAGCUUAAAAGCCAAGUAUCCACAGCAAAACAGAGCUUGACUUCUGUCAUGAGACAAAUGGAGAGCAUCCUCCACUUGCCAUCCAGCACAGAUGAGCUUCCAGGAGACAAGCUUAUGAAGAUUGUGGAUGCUUUGGGUAAUGGCGAAGACCCAGGCCUGCAAGAGGUCGUCUUCCACACUGCGCUCACUCUGGCCUUGUUCCCAAGCCACAUCACUCACUUCCUCAGGAACAUCAGCUUCAAGCCUAAAGUCGUGAUGGGGUCCUACUUUCCCACCAUGCCUGGUGACCUGCUUUUUGAUGAGGACAACUGGAAAAUUGGUGAGACAGAGAAGAUCUGGAGCUGUCAGUGUGGCUUGUGCUGGGUUGUCACCAACUGUGGGCUUCCCAUGGAAGUGAAGAAGUGCAAGUGUGGUGCUGCUGUUGGGGGAACCAAGCACAGACCUGAGAAAGGCUUUAUGCAGAAGGAAGUCUCUGAGGAUACAACAGAGAAAGGCUACAUCCUGGAGAGCCCCAUCUCACGGAUGACUGAGCCAGAGAGGUGCCUGUCUCCUGCCUGUGUGGCUCUGGCGAGAGCUCUGCUCCAUUCCUCCCUCCUGCUGGGGAUCUACAUAGACAAACAGGCCAUUCUGGACCUGAUGAGAGAGAAACCAGAAGAUGUGGAAAAAUUCUUCUGGGGCCAGCUUAAGAAAGACUUGGAGUGCCUGGCAGAAGCGCUCAGCAGGAACAUGGAGGAUGCCCUGUUGACUGUGCACCUCUUUCUACAGCACCUAUGCAAGGACAGCUCAGCAGGUGAUAGUACAGCUUUGGGCAUCCUGCGUGAGAAGAAGGAUCGGGAAGAAUGGGAAACAUUGUUCAAAGCCCUGGCUCAGCCCAUCUUCCAGGAGCUGGAGCACAGCCUUAAUUCUAUCAGGGAGCAGAGGAUGAAUGAAGGUCCCCAGAGCUCCAGCCUCCUCCUGAAAAUAGCUCGUGGCCAGACACUCCCUCUCCAAGACCUACCACAGCAGGGGCUGAUCAACCAGCCCUGCAUGUGGCAAUUGGAGCAGAAGGUGACCAUCCAGACCCUGAUGCAUUUCCUGCAGCUGGAAGGUGGAGAAGACACUGGAAGUCCAUACCCGAUUCUGCUGGAGCUCUUGUCAAAGCUUGAGAACAUCCAACACGUCCAACACCUGCCUGACAUCUUCCGGCUGCAGAAUGCCCUGAUCCACUUCUUCCAAAACAGCCAUAAAGGGGAGCACUACACAGUCCAGCAGUUCCUGGACCAGCCCGAGCUGUCAGAGGACCAGCGUUUGGCUUUCAGCAGAGCUAUUGAGACCAUCCAGAAGGUCUGGAGCAAUAUUAAGAUGAACCCAUCCAUCUCAGGCAUCACCGUCCUGCCAGACCUCUUGCCCAGUGACAUCAGCACCAGCACUGCCAUCCUCCAGCUCCUCCCAACCCAACCGUCCAUCAGCCGCCUGGUGGCCAGGUUCCUCAUCCAGCUGCAGAACAGCUGCGUGGACACAGCCGCGCGGGUCACCAAGGAGAGGCAGCGGUCCAUCUCCGCAGAAGAGGUGAAGCCCUCCUCUGUGCUGACUGUAACCAAGAGCGACCUGGUGACCAUGGCACUGACCAACUUGCAGUAUGAGAUAGACAAAGACGGCACCAAAAUGACCUACUUCGACUUCCAGAUGCUGCAGAGGCAAGUGGUUCAUCGCUUCAUCAGUGGAAAGCCCAUCAUCAAAGCUCAGACAGCUCCAUCCAUUGCCCUCAACAACAUGAGGACCCUCCAGGCCACCAAGAUGAAAGUCAGGGACCAACUGCCCCAGGAGAUGCUCAGCAUCAACCAGCAGAAGCACAUCAUGGAAGAGGCCCGCUCGGUCAAUGCCCUCUCCAAGGUCUUGGACACCCUGAAGGUGGCUGCUGAGUUCCUGGCCAUGACGGGUGGUGACCCGGAGUGCCCGCUGCCUGAGUACAUUCGGCAUGAGCUGAGGAUGGAUGCCGGGGCAAAGCAGCUCCAGGAUGUGCCGGUGGUGCCCAACACCCGGCUGAAGCAUAUCCUGUCACUGUGGAAGGUCCUGGCAGCUCGCAGGUCCAUGCUGUUGGUACAGAUGAACCAGGAUCCCUUCUGCCUGAUGCCCAAAGAGUUCCAAGAGAAGCUGGGUAAAAUGGAGGAAAAAGCCCUGUCCUCUGCACUGGCCAACACCAACCUCGACCUCUUCCUCAUUGAGCUGCAUGAGAUGAUCACAGUGGCACUGUCCAUCUUCCAGCCACAAGAUGAGCUGAAGUUUGCCUUCACGUUCUUCCUGGAAGACAACCAAGUCCCUGCCAGCUCAGUUUGCAGCCUCACGGAUGCCCUGGACCCUGACAUUCCCAUCAAGAACAUCCUCUCUGUCUGGAGGACAGCUGCAAGGACCAGCCAGGCCAAUGUCCCUGCCUACAGCCAGAAGGGGCCAGCCCAAGGAAGUCGUUAGAUGGAAACAUCUGCCCCAGCUCUGGGGGCAAUACAUGAGCCACAUGUGGGCUCUUGGAGCAGCUUGAGCCUCCGAGCCCCUGAAAUCCUGCUCCCCAAGGCCUGAACCCAGGUGGGAAGCUCCCACCUGGACCCACCACUGCCCCUCAGAGACCUCAGGCAUCCCUGUCCCUCCCACCCUGCUGAGCCACAUGGAGAGCAUCCCCAUGGACACAUCACCAGCUUCAAUACCUCUGUCUUCAGUUAGCCAACUCUACCCCCUAAAACCCCCAUAUGGGUGCCUGAGAAGUUGUAGUCCCUUCUACGGCCCCAGUGCUGGCCAGUGGGUACAUCUGUGCCUCCCCAUGCUCAUCAUCAGUGGCCUCUGUCCUGCCUUGUUCUUCUCCUUUCUGUCAUCAUUAAAUGCUCAAGGACCCA